CCAUACUUUGAGCUUUAAACUGGUGAGGGAGACGUACCUGCCGCAUUGAGAUUCUUCUCCAUCACUUGUCUACGCACUACGAGAAUUAAGGAAACGCUUUGCCUUUGAGAGGACUCUGCCUAAAAACAAAACAGAAAAUGAUUUUCGACAAGUUGAAAAAGUUUGACAUCGUCUUCGACUCCCCGGAGCUGGACUGUCCUCCAGUGUUCAGCAGCGGGGACGUGGUGUCCGGGCGGGUGGUGCUGGAGCUGUGCGGGGAGAGUCGGGUGGACUCUCUCAAGCUUCACGCCGAGGGCUUCGCUAAAGUGCAUUGGACUGAGUCCCGGUCGGCAGGCUCCAGCACCGCGUACACCCAGAACUACAGCGACGAAGUGGAGUACCUGAACCGCAGAGAGGUGCUGCUGCAGGCAGAUAAUGGAGAAGUGACUGUCCUUCCAGCAGGCAGACAUGAAUUUCCCUUCAGCUUUCAGCUGCCAGAAGAGACGCUGGUCACCUCCUUCGAGGGAAAACAUGGCAGUAUCCGUUACUGGGUCAAAGUGAAGCUGCACAGACCUUGGGCCACUGUUAAGAAAAUCAAGAAGGAGUUUACAGUCAUUGAGCCCAUUGAUAUCAACACACCUGCUUUGUUGGCACCACAGGCUGGUACAAAAGAUAAGAUGGCACGAGCAUGGUACCGCAACUUUGGACAAGUGUCUCUAACUGCAAAGAUUGACCGCAAAGGCUACACACCCGGUGAGGUGAUACCAGUCUUUGCAGAGUUUGACAACUCUACGUCCAGGUCAAUUGUGCCCAAAGCAUUCAUAACUCAGACGCAGACAUUCAUUGCCCGUGGUACCAUGAAGCAGAAGCGCUCAGUUGUGGCCACACUGAAUGGCGACUAUGUUGGUGCCAGAUGUAGAGAGACCUGGCACGGUCGAGCCAUCAAAAUCCCACCUGUGGGUCCAUCCAUCCUGCAGUGCCGCAUCAUUAAAGUAGAGUACACCCUCAAGGUUUGUGUUGAUGUUCCUGGAACGUCCAAGCUCUGCCUUGAACUCCCUCUUGUCAUUGGCACCAUCCCUCUACAUCCGUUUGGCAGCCGUACCUCCAGCGUCAGCAGCCAGUACAGCGUCAACCUGGAGUGGCUUCGCAUGGCCAUCCCUGAGCAGCCGGAGCCUCCUCCAGAGUACAGCUCUGUGGUGACAGAGGAGGAGGCUGAACAGCGCAACAACGCUAUGGUCCCGCAGCCAGCUGAAGACCUGAGUGGGAUCAUGGAGCGACCCCUCAUGGCGUUUGUCCAGGAGUUUCGCUUCCGACCUCCACCAGUUUACAGCGAGAUUGACCCCAACCCUCAGCCUCUCAACAUCCGACCUCGCUGCAUGACGUAUUGAACCAUGAAGCCUGCCUGAGCGUCAAGCGGAUCAAUGAAAGAAAUGAAGAGAUUUGUCUUUUUCUGGAUAACAUCUCUCUGAUAAAUAGCACCUGGUUCCGGCCAGUGUUGUUGAGAUGGACUGGAGCACCACAGAGAGGCCGGAAGACGGAGCUCACAGGAACUGGAUGAUAGCGGAGGAGCUGCCAUUUAGAUUCUAGUUCAGAAAAGUGGACACUUUCCUGUACUGCAGAAACAGAGAGAGAGAAGCAACUUCUCUGCAUCAGUUCCUGUCCUCCUCAAGUGAUUUUUGGCUCCCACCAAAGCGAGCUGCAUAUACCUCCCAAUCAACAAUUCCCUGUCUGGAGAGAUUUUUGAAAUGUAAGGACUUUGUGACUUACUGCAAGGUGGGGGUUAGGAUCACUUGAUAUUUAUCAGGUAGAGAGUAGGAGUUGUACCUGGUAUUUAAAUGUUAAAAAAAACAAAUAUAUAUGCCCUUGACAAGCUGACAUGUUCAGAAGAACAUUGUCACCUUUGACUGGCAUAUAGAGAAAAGUGCAAUUAUUGUCUGCAGUUAUCAACUUUCCUUUGUCUGGCAACGGAGUAGAUUUUACCAGCCUACAUUGUUAUGCAAUUGUUAUAGCUCAACAGCAAUGUGCCUGUCAUGAUUUCUACUGUUACUUAAGCACAUACUGUAUCUAAAGUUGUCAUGGUGGAACAAAUGGGUCAAAUAAGUUUUUUAUGCAUGCAGGUAACAAUAAGUAAAAGGGAAAACAAGUAUGCCUUAACUAUCUGCAGUUGAAGAUUUCACGAGGGUUUAAAGUCUUCUCUCAGAGAGCUGCAUGGAGCUGAAUGUAUUCUGACAGCAAAAACGGAUUGUUUGUGUGGAUUAAUUCCAAGAGUGGUGUUGUGUUAUUUCAAGGCUCAAGGCACUGAAAUGUAAGACAGCUGAUUUUCACCAAAAUGACUAAGUAUGUUGCAGUGUGAUGAUGGAGCUACACAGGCCCCGUGGAUCAGCUCUCCCAGCUGAUUAAACAAAAGGAGGAGAUGACGAGAACCUUUUGAGCCGAAUGGACUGAUGCUUUCGAUAGGGGCCAGGUGCCUUGGUGCUGUGAGGUCAAGCCUUAAAGCUGAAGAUGCCACUGAAAUGUAGGGACAAAGAACAUUCCAAUAAAACUGACCUGAGGAUAAUUUUUUCUCCUCAACUUCCAAAAAAUCUUCAGGAGUAUCAAAGUCUUCAGGGUCAGAUGUGCAACGUUAGUGGCACGCACUGAGAAAAAAAGAAAAGAUAAAAAAAGAAUGUAUUUUUAUACAAAUGCAGUUGAUGAUUCACAAUCUUGCCAAAGUUUUGUAAAUGUCUUUUUCUAAUUAAAUAAAACAAAUGAAUGUUA